ACGAGGGGAUGGCACUCGACGAAGGCGAAGUCACCAGUGACAGUGAGAUCAGAUCAAUGGAGGUUCGCGCCCGCGCGCCAGGCAAAAUCAUCCUCGCCGGCGAGCACGCCGUCGUCCAUGGCUCCGCCGCCGUCGCCGCCGCCAUCGACCUCUACACCAGCUCCUCCCUCCGCCUUCUCCCCACAGGAGAGGGUGGCGCCGCCGGCGCGGUGGAGUUAGACCUGCGGGACUCGGGCCUCGCCUUCUCGUGGCCGUGCUCGCGUCUACGCGAGGCGCUGGGGGAGGGCUGCAAGGCGGAGGCGCCGAGGCCGUGCUCCCCGGACGAGCUGGCCGCCAUUGCCAAGCUCUUGGAGGAGCACGAGAUCCCCGAGGCCAAGAUCUGGCUCUCCGCUGGCCUCUCCGCCUUCCUCUUCCUGUACGCCUCCAUCUUGGGAUGUAGGCCUGGGAGGGUGGUGGUGAGCUCGGAGCUGCCGAUGGGUGCGGGGCUUGGCUCGUCGGCAGCGUUCUGCGUGUCGAUGUCGGGGGCGCUGUUGACCGCUGCUGCCGCUGUCAGUGUAGGAGGCAGUGGGGGCGAGUGGGAGUUGUUUGGGAAGGAUGAUCUUGAGCUGGUGAACCGGUGGGCGUUCCAAGGGGAGAAGAUCAUUCAUGGCAAGCCUUCCGGCAUCGACAAUGCCGUCAGCACUUUUGGAAGCAUGAUCAGAUUCAAGAAGGGGGAAUUGACAAACCUUAAAUCUAGGAACCCAGUCAAAAUGCUCAUAUCAGAUACAAGAGUCGGUAGGAACACAAAGGCCCUGGUUGCUGGUGUGUGUGAAAGAGCAUCGAGGCAUCCAGAUGCUAUGUCUUCCGUCUUCCAUGCAGUGAACUCUGUUAGUGAAGAGCUUUCAAGCAUUGUUGAGUUAGCAGCCGAGGAUGAAAUAGCCAUCACCUCGAAGGAGGAAAAGCUAGCAGAGCUUAUGGAAAUGAACCAAGGUUUGCUUCAGUGCAUGGGAAUUAGCCAUGCUUCUAUAGAAACUGUGUUGCGAACAACUCUGAAAUAUAGCUUGGUCUCGAAGCUAACUGGAGCUGGUGGUGGAGGCUGUGUUUUGACUCUGAUACCGACUUUAUUGUCCAACCUAGUUUUGGAGAAAGUCACUACAGAGCUCGAAUCACAUGGUUUUCGCUGCUUUAAAGUUGAGGUAGGUGGACAAGGUCUCCAAGUUUGCCGAGGAUAAUGCUCCUGUUUCCAGGAGAUGUCGUAUCGUACUUCUAGAAAAUGGCUUAACCGCAAUAAAGUUCUGUAGAUUAACCACUUGAAUUGGUUCAGGAUUAGGAUAUUCUUAUGUUAUCUUUAGCACAUUCUCGUAUCAAAUAAGCUUUCAGUUGCAUGAUUGCUGGUGUGGUUGUAUCAAAUAGACUUAUUAAUUGUUGCGAAUGUUGUAUCAAAUAAAACAUCCAUAUUCAGAUGU